GGCUGUAGCGACGGAGAUGGCGGCGGCAGCGGCGACGGCGACGGAGGCUGUGGCCUCCGGCUCUGGAGAACCCCGAGAGGAGGCCGAAGCUUCGGGCCUCGCCUGGGAUGAGUCCCAGCUGCGUAGUUAUAGCUUUCCGACCCGGCCCAUCCCCCGUCUGAGUCAGAGCGACCCCCGGGCGGAGGAGCUUAUCGAGAAUGAGGAGCCUGUGGUGCUGACAGACACAAAUCUUGUGUAUCCUGCUCUGAAAUGGGACCUCGAAUACCUGCAGGAGAACAUUGGCAACGGAGACUUCUCUGUGUACAGUGCCAGCACCCACAAGUUCUUGUACUAUGAUGAAAAGAAGAUGGCCAAUUUCCAGAACUUUAAGCCCAGGUCCAACAGGGAGGAAAUGAAAUUUCACGAGUUUGUUGAGAAACUGCAGGAUAUACAGCAGCAAGGAGGGGAAGAGAGGUUGUAUCUGCAGCAAACACUCAAUGACACUGUGGGCAGGAAGAUCGUCAUGGACUUCUUGGGUUUUAACUGGAACUGGAUUAAUAAGCAACAGGGAAAGCGUGGCUGGGGACAACUGACAUCCAACCUACUGCUCAUUGGCAUGGAAGGAAAUGUGACACCUGCUCACUAUGAUGAGCAGCAGAACUUCUUUGCUCAGAUAAAAGGCUACAAGCGAUGCAUUUUAUUCCCUCCGGAUCAGUUUGAGUGCCUGUACCCAUAUCCUGUUCAUCACCCAUGUGACAGACAGAGCCAGGUGGACUUUGACAAUCCUGACUACGAGAGGUUCCCCAAUUUCCAGAACGUGGUUGGUUAUGAAACAGUGGUUGGCCCUGGUGAUGUUCUUUACAUCCCAAUGUACUGGUGGCAUCACAUAGAGUCAUUACUAAAUGGGGGGAUUACCAUCACUGUGAACUUCUGGUAUAAGGGGGCCCCCACCCCUAAGAGAAUUGAAUAUCCUCUCAAAGCCCAUCAGAAAGUGGCCAUAAUGAGAAACAUUGAGAAGAUGCUUGGAGAGGCCUUGGGGAACCCACAAGAGGUGGGGCCCUUGUUGAACACAAUGAUCAAGGGUCGAUACAACUAGCCUGCCAGGAGUCGAGGCCUCCUGCCAGGUGACUGCUAGCCCGUCCACACCGCUUCAUUGAUGAGGACAGGAGACUCCAAGCGCUAGUAUUGCACGCUGCACUUAAUGGACUGGACUCCUGCCAUGGCCCUGGAGGCAGGUGUUUGGGGCAAGGCAGGGUGGUUGGCGCUCCACUCCCAUUUGGAGAGACUUCUUGCCCUUGCCUCUGUGCCCCAGCAUCUUCCCUCUCUGCCCCCACUAAGGCCUGCAUUCAGUGUGUGGAGUCCCAGCUUCUGGUUGUCAUCACGUCUGUGUGCGUCAGUCUGUCACCCUUGGGAUGAGUGUGCGUGUGUGUGCAUGCACACGCACGUGUGUAUCUGUUCCUUGCUUUCUCCUUCUGAGUCAGGAUGCCACUGCUGGCCCUUGGGCCUGUCUCCUGCAGCCUCAGUGCCUCAGCCUGAGAGAGAGGAGAUGGUCUCGGAUGCCCACUAUAUCUGGGCUGCGGGGCCAGAGCACUCCUGACCACCAGGUCAAUCUGCCUCCUUCCAGUUUUCACAGUCAGGCUCUAGGCUGGGUGGCAAUGGUUACUGGGACUCUUCAUGGGCAGAGUGAGAGGGGGACUUGCCUCUGAGAGCCUGGAUAGCCUUCCUGUGAGAGAAUCAGAGUUCCAACUUGGACCUUUCAGCUCAAGCCAUACAUAAAAAAACCCUCGGGACAUGAGAGCCAGGGAUUAUGCCUAAGUUCCAAAUUGCAGACACAUACAGCUUCUCUAUUACAGCACCAGCUCCAGCUCCCCGUGCUGAGUACCAGGGGAGUUCUCUUAGUAGUGGCUUCUCUAGGUUCUAGGGCUAUGAGCCUCUGUGUGGAUGUGUGUGUGAUAUGUGUGCACACACACACGUGCAUCUGUGUCCGUGUCCACACUGGCCUGCCUCUUGGCUUACUGAGUUUCUCCACUGCUUAACCUUGUCCAGUGGGACACACAGUGUAAGCCCCAGGGAAGUACUGCCUGGCCUAGCCUAAAGCUUUUAAACUCAGUUUUAGCCAUCGGACGCUGGUCAGGUCUCACUGCAACCCACCUGAGGCUGAGUGGUGAGAGCCUCCAGGUCCUGUGACCCUCCCUGCCCAGGCCACGUCCUCCACUCCUGCGGAGCCUCCUGGUCAAGUAAAUGAAAUGGGGUCAAGCCUAGGCAGCCAGCUUGCCACCUGUCAUCCACCUCAGGGCAAGGACAAAAAUACAGCCUUGCCUCUUAAAGCCAGCGCCUCUGCCAGACCCCUCUGUAAUGUUCCACAAACACCCUUGAAAGUCAGGGCAGCUGAUGAUGGAGCACAGAAGUGGAAUUUCUUUUCCUGUUCAUUGUUACUUGUGGGAACCCCUCUCAGGGCUGCAGCUUGGAGCUGGGUACUACACAACCCAGAGGGCCAUCGGUCACAUGAUUCAGUAGAACUGGGGCCACUGGAAUUGGGCAGUAUGGUGGCCCUGUAGUCCUGUGUCUUCUCACCUCCACUCCCAUCUCCAUGCCCCUUCUCUCUGGAAGGAAAGAGGAGUUGGAAAACUCUGGGGUUUUUUUGUUUGUUUUGUUUUAUUUUUUGCCAAAGGUUUACUGUCAGCUUCUGAGCUGUGGCUCUAACCCCCAAAGCUCAGUUUACAGUUACAGUUAACAGCGCACUGAUGGACUGAGAGGAUGUAUGUGUGUGCGUGUGUGCACCUGUUUGGGUAUUGGGGUAGGGGUGUUUAUUCUUAGUACCCCAUUCUGGGGUUCUCUGAUGCAGCGUGGGUGUGCAAACACGGUACCUUCUCAAGUGUAGUUCUUUCAAAUAUAGCCAAUGCUGGAAAAUGUGA